AGUGCAGGUCAGAGACCGAGAGAUGAAGGUGAACAUCUUUGACAUGGCGGGGCACCCGUUCUUCUACGAGGUGAGGAACGAGUUUUACAAGGACACACAGGGGGUCAUCCUGGUCUACGAUGUUGGACAAAAGGAGACGUUUGAUGCACUGGAUGCGUGGCUGGCUGAGAUGAAGCAGGAGUUGGGCCCCCAUGGGAACAUGGAGAACAUUGUCUUCGUUGUCUGUGCGAACAAGAUCGACUGCGCCAAGCACCGCAGCGUGGAUGAAAGCGAGGGGCGGCUCUGGGCAGAGAGCCGGGGCUUUCUGUACUUUGAGACAUCUGCACAAACAGGGGAAGGAAUCAACGAGAUGUUUCAGACUUUCUACUCUGCCAUCAUCGACCUGUGUGACAACGGCGGGGAGGGGGCCCCCCCCCCCGGGGUCAGCUUCACCAAAGAGCAGGCAGAUGCCAUUCGCAGGAUCCGCAACAGCAAGGACAGCUGGGACAUCCUGGGGGUCAAACCCGGAGCCACGAGGGAUGAAGUGAACAAAGCCUAUCGGAAGCUGGCCGUGCUGCUCCACCCGGAUAAGUGCGUGGCUCCCGGCAGUGAGGACGCCUUCAAAGCGGUGGUGAACGCCCGGACCGCGCUCCUCAAAAACAUCAAGUAG